CCGCAGCGUACAAUAUUUAAUAAUAUUGCGAAAACAGACCAUUAUAAAUAAAAUUUAAUGGAAAAUAUGAAAAAAAGCGAUAUUAAAAAUGAAUUAUUAGUAACUUUAACUUGAGAGUAAUAAAUGUUUGAAGAACCUAUUUAAAAGUCGUGUAUUCUAUUGGUUGAUAUUGUGAUCGUAACUAAACGCCUCAUUUUAAUUAGCGUUAGUUAGCCCAUUACUCUGCAAGAUAUAAAUAAACAAAAACAUUUUUUUUAACAUUUAAGUAAUACAUAUAUAUAUACUAAAAUAUAUAUAUAAAAGGAAAUAUACAUAUAUAUGUAUUAUAUGUCUAAGCAUACCGUAGUAAACCUGUAACAUGGGUAAAUAUGAAAUUCAAACACAAUAAUAAUGAUAAUAAAAACAAUGUACGUAAUUGUGGCUACAUGCACUAAAUGAAGCUGAAAUAAAAAUGAACUAGAUAUCCUAUAUGAUCGAUAGAUUAGGUUGACGUGAACAACAUUGCCUUAUAUAAAUUUAUAGAUAAUGUACCUGUACCAAAAAUAUCUAUAGAUCAAGUUUAAUACCUUACAAUCUUCAAAACUCAACCAAAUCUAGAAAUAAAAACGGCGAAAUUAUUACCCGUAGUCCGCGAAAUUAUGGGACAUAACGAAAAUAAGAAUGAAAUUAAAAUGAUCAGGAAGGUAAAUUAUACAGUAGUGAACCUAUUUAGAGAGAUGAUAACGUUCUACCUUUUCAUCUCCUUGUUGAGCGAGCGUUGACAGGGCCUUGACGUCGACCUUGGCCUUUUUUAAUUGUACUUUUAAAUCUGAAAGAAUGGUAUCAGAAUUCUUCAGAGACGCCAUAUUUGGCUAGGUUCUUAAAUUACUUAAUUAAAAAGAUCACUUUUUACUUCUAACUUGUUUUUUUUAAGGAAAAUAAAUAACCUAUUUAAGUCUAAAGAGAAAAAAAAACUUUUAAUUAUGAAUUGCAGAUGAUCCAGUCAGCAUUCAGUGGGGUACAUAACUAUCAGCCAUUUGAUGGGCGUGUCUAUGUAAGGCGCACCUGAAACUUGGCAAACAAGCCGACAAAAGGGCAUUAAAAAUAAUAGAACAUGGGUGAUGCCAUUUGCGAGAGCGCCGAAGCGGAUAGUUCCAUCUCGACGCCCAAACUCAAAUCGUAUGCAAAAUUGUUGCUGAACACUUCAAAGCUGUCCGAGGACCACGGAAGCAUGGAAGAGACUGAACAGAAGGAAACUGAGUCGGAUAUUAACGCUAAUCAAGAAGACUUACCUCCGCCUCCACCGGAAAAUGAAGCAGAGAAAUGCCAAGAAAACUCAGCAGAAUGUGAAAAAGAUGGUGAAAACGAAAGUGUUGACGAGACAAAAGUUGAAGUUGAAGCUAAUGUUGAAGUUGAAGAGAACGAAGAGCAGCAAGACAACGAAAACGCUGAAGAAAGUAAACUUGAGCAGGAAAAUGAAGCGAAUGAAAACAACGAACCUGAAGAUGAGCAACAGUCCGGAGAUGUUGCUGAAGACAAAGUAGAAGUUGAAAAAGACAACGAAUCAGAUAACAAAGAAGAAAAAGAUGAAAAUACAGACGAAACAGAUCCAAUCGAAGAAGAAAAGACCAUUGAUGAUAAGGAAGAUGAAGGCGAGGAAAAGAAGAUAAACGGCGAAUUAAAGAAUGAAUUAGACGAUAAAGAAAACAAAACCGAAGAAGAUGAAGAAGAGAAAGACAACGAACCAGAAAGAAAUGGCAAAAAAUUGGAAAGAAAGGGUGGCAGUAGGAAAAUUGUUCGUAAUCAACCUGCAACAGAAAAUGAGAAUGAUAAACCAUCCGAGUUGGAGAUAAAGAAUGAUAUUUGUCCAGAAUGUAAGAAAGGUGAGUUGGUGGAAAGACGCAAAAGAAGUUGCCUGAUUCCCGCGGUGAUUUGUUGCCCUUGCGGAACUAUUGGAUAUCUCAUGUCAAGAGAGAAGUUUUGUAACGCAUGCAAGAAAGUAUUCUAAAUAUUUUCUCUAAUUAAAGUUUAAUUAAUGGCACAGAUAUGGAAAGCUUUUGAAAAACAAACAAUGAUUAAUUCUGCAUUAUCUUCAAUGUUGUAUUUUUGCUUUUCGUCCACAUGGCGUUUGCGUUUAUGUAAUCCUCUUUAUACUUUAUAUACAAAGUAUAUUUAUAGUAUUUAUAUAUAUAUAUAUAUAUAUAU